UCCCGCACAUCAGCUGUUGUUGGAUUGUAUGAUGGUUGCGUUGCAGUGAAACAGUUGGCCAGUCCCGUCCACGCUUCAGCCGGGCAUCAUGAACCUCUGGAGCCGGAGUCUGAAGUUUGUUAUUUUGACAGCACUUCAGGCUUUAUCAGUCUCUAUCUCGGUUCGUUCCAGAUCUGUUGAAGGUAAGAGGCGAAGAAGAGGAAAUGUUUUGAGCACGACUGUUCAACACAGACCGACAGCAAAGCAGAAACACUAUGGGACUACAGUUCCUCUUCAGCUUGUUGGGCAAGACUGGAAACCAAUCAGCCAGCUCAAAUCCCAGCGUCACCCUACAUCACUAAAGCUCCUGAUAGAAGUGGAAGGUGAGCAGCUGCUCUUGGCUCUGGAGAAAAACGAGGGGCUGUUUGCAAGUAACUAUACGGAAACCCAUUACCUGGAAGAUGGCAUUGCGGUCACAGGCUCUCACAACUUCACGGCAAAUUGCUACUACCACGGUGAGGUGGAGGGUCAUGCCAACUCGGACGUCAGCCUCAGUACCUGUGCUGGUAUUAAAGGUUUCAUAACUCUUGAAGGCAAAUCCUAUGUACUGGAACCAUCUGCUGAUCACUCUGAUGGGACUCACUGGAUCUACACAGCUGAACACCUCUAUUUUGCACCUGGCACCUGUGGCCAUGAAUUUAACAUAUCCUACCCCAUUGAACAUGCAGACAGCAGUCCGUUCAAGGCUUUCGGCACAAGGCAUAAACGCCACGUCCAGACUACGACCAAGUAUGUGGAGCUGAUCAUUGUGGCCGACAACAGAGAGUUUCAGAAGCAAGGCAAGGACAUGGAGAAGGUCAAGCAGCGACUGGCUGAGAUCGCCAAUUACGUGGACAAGUUCUACAGGGCUCUGAAUAUCCGUGUGGCCCUGGUGGGCCUGGAGGUGUGGAGUGAUGUGGACAAGUGCCCCAUCACCCAGGACCCGUUCACCACCUUGCACGAGUUCCUAGAUUGGAGGAAAGUCAAGCUGCUGCCUCAGAAGCCUCAUGACAACGCCCAGCUAAUCAGUGGGGUUUAUUUCCAGGGCACCACCAUUGGUAUGGCACCCAUCAUGAGUAUGUGCACAGCAGAGCAGUCGGGAGGAAUCGUCAUGGACCAUUCGGACAACCCCCUUGGCGCUGCAGUCACUCUGGCCCACGAGCUCGGACACAAUUUUGGAAUGAACCAUGACACCCCAGAGAGGGGGUGUGGCUGCAGGGUGACCGUGGAUCGUGGAGGCUGCAUCAUGACUCCCUCCACCGGGUACCCGUUCCCCACAGUGUUCAGCAGCUGCAGCAAGAAGGACCUGACGGCCAGUUUUGAAAAGGGUGUCGGGAUGUGUCUGUUCAACAUGCCUGAGGUCAAGGUUCUCUACGGUGGGCAAAAAUGUGGCAACGGCUACGUGGAGGAGGGAGAGGAGUGUGACUGUGGAGAACUUGAGGAAUGUGUGAAUCCGUGCUGCAAUGCUACUACCUGCACUCUGAAGGGGGAUGCUGUUUGUGCACAUGGACAGUGCUGCCAGGACUGUCAGCUGAAGCCAGCAGGCACUCCAUGCCGUGAAUCCAGUAACUCUUGUGAUCUGCCUGAGUUCUGCACCGGCGGCAGCCCUCACUGCCCCUCCAAUGUCUACCUGCACGACGGCCACGCCUGCCAAAACGUGGACGGCUACUGUUAUAACGGCAUCUGCCAGACUCACGAGCAGCAAUGCAUCACGCUGUGGGGCCAAGGAGCAAAGGCAGCUCCAGGCAUCUGCUUUCAAAGGGUCAACUCAGCAGGAGACCCCUAUGGCAACUGUGGCAAAGACUCCAAAGGCUCCUUUGCCAAAUGUGAAGCACGAGAUGCUAAAUGUGGCAAAAUCCAGUGUCAAGGAGGAGCUAACCGCCCAGUAAUUGGUACCAACGCUGUUUCCAUAGAAACAAACAUUCCCAUGCAGGAAGGGGGAAGGAUACUGUGCCGAGGCACACAUGUCUAUUUGGGUGAUGACAUGCCUGACCCCGGCCUGGUCCUAACGGGGACCAAGUGUGGAGAUGGACUGAUGUGUCUGAAUCGUCGGUGCCAGAAUGUCAGUGUCUUUGGUGUGCAUGAAUGCUCAGCCAAGUGCAGCAGCCAAGGGGUGUGCAACAACAACAAGAACUGUCACUGCGAGGCUCAUUGGGCGCCUCCCUUCUGUGACAAGGCAGGUUUUGGAGGGAGUGUGGACAGUGGUCCCAUCAGAUUAGCAAACAGUGGGACUCUGACAGUGGGCAUCCUGGUGGCUCUCCUUACUGUCCUGGGAGCUGCUCUGAUCAUCUGCAUCAAGAGAAAAACAGUGCUGGGUCUGCUCUUCAUAAGUAAAAAGAACCCAAUUGAGAAGCACAGAUCAGUAAACGCCGCAAUCAGCGGACCAUCCACUCCGAACCAGCCUCGGUCAUUAAGCACGACGUCUCCAUCUCGACCGGCCCCGCCUCUGCCACACAGUGCCACCAUCUUCAAGCCUCCUCACCGUGGACCAGAGGCGGUGCUACCACCGGCUCCCUACCCCUCCCACAGCCUACACAGACUGCCCCAGUGCCCUCCGGUUCACCUCAGCCACCCUGUCCCUCUGUCUUUCACCCUGUCCCUCUCCCCUGGCCCCGGGCUGCCGAGACCCCCGCUGCCUCCUCCUCACAUCCAUGUCGUACCAAGAGGGGCGUCGUUUCGCAGUGCGUCACGCCAUAACUCUUGCAGGAUGGUCAUGGAGUUGGAGAAGCCCAGUCCUCCUCAGAAACCCCUUCCUGCCGAUCCAAGGAGCUCUCGUCUGGUUCGAAGUCCCUCUGUAGUCCAGGGGCCUUCUGCUGUUUGCGGCCCUGCACCAUUACCUGACGUAUCCAGACCUGUGCGCCCCAUACCACACCCCAACAGACCCAGUCCCAAGCAACCUCCAACGCUACCAAAGCCUUGCAUAAUCACCAACGUGAAAUACAGCAGCUGAGACUUUGGCCAGAUGGGACAAUGUUGUGAUAAUACACAGAAUUUGCACUAUAAAAACUCUGAAAACCUUAAAAAGAAGGCGGCUUCUCUGAGUUUUGUAUCAGGAGAUCUUGCCGUGUCCCUUUGGUGCUCUGUCCCUAAAUGGUGCUACGAGUCUGAGCUCAGGUACAUGUAAAGUAUUUAUAUUCUGUAUUUAUUGCCACGCAGUGCACUGUGCCAGACACUUUUACUACACGGUAGCAACUUAGAAGUUUAAAUUUGUCCUUUGCAUCAGUUUCACAAUGUGUUCUUUCUCAUUAACUGGUCUUUAUCAAGGACAGUGAAGGGAGAUUAAAAAAUAUGAAGAAAAAAUAAAGCCAAUCUGUGACAUUCUAAUUGCAGACAUGAUUUAUUAAUUGUGUUUUAAAGAAGGGAACCCUUUACAUAAUGGUUUUGUUUGUAUACUACAGGGAGUUGAAAAAGAGUAUUGUGCAAUGACAGAUGAGAACAGACAACACUUUUUCUUGAAUGGUAAUGCUCUCUGUAGCACCUUUGAGCCAAUCUGAUGAGGCUUGAAACAACUACAGAAAAAGAAAAAGUGGUAUUACUGCAACAGUUCUGCAAUUGGGGAAGAGGAGCUGUUUUUUUCACAGUCCGCUGAAAUUCAGGUCUGUUUCCUUUGCGUUUAUAUUUCAGACAGGUGACAGUGACAAUUUGUGAAAUGUCACUGAUUUGCCAUUUCUUUUUCAUUAACAAGACUCAAUAGGUUCACUUGAGGGAUCUGGGUACUGAGGUAUGAACUGAACAUGGAUCUAAAAUGAGCUGAGAGCAAGGAAGCAUUCAUUCGUCAGAGAGUAAAACGUCUGAAAUAGCGCUCUGCUAAAGGUCGCGUGUGUGUUUUUGAGUAUUUCCCAGUGUGCCUGUCUACACCGAGGACUCUGUAUAAAACUCUAUGAUGAAAUCACGGAAUCACUAAGGACUUUCUUAAAGCUGUGUCCACACAGGCGUCAUGGAGGCACUCACAUGUAAACAGCCAGUGUCUGGUUACAGUUUUCAUGUGUGGAUUUUAACAACUUGACAAGGACAGAUUUCUAGAUCUCUUUCUGCCACUGAAAUGAAGUUUCAACCAAAACGUUGUGGCAGUUACUCAUUUUCUAUAUUUUGUAAAUUUUUUAUUUGGCUGUUGAGAUGGGUUUUUUUAAAGCCAGUAUACAUGCCAGAUACACACGCCUACAUUAAUUGUAUUUGUGGCAAUUAUUGAACAGUGUUUUAUUAUUUUUGCAGAAUUAUUGUUUUACUGGAUUGCAAUGCAGCGUAUAUACAUUCACACUGAGCAACUUUUCCUUUAAGCACAGCUCUUGUUCACAAAUAUGUAGCCUAACUUUGGACUUUUGUUACUUUUGAUACUGUUAUUUUUUUAAUAAUGCAGUAGUUUUACAUUCAGUGCUUUGUUUACUUUGCUUUUUCAAUGCUAUGCUAUAUGUCCACUAUAAUAGACAGUAUUUGAGUCCUGUCACCGGACUGUAAGUUAUGUCCAUAUGUUCCUCGUAUGUUGUGUUACAGGUGAACACAUUUCCAUGGAGAAUGUUUUUUUUUAUAUAAUGAUUGUUUGAUACAUCAUAUGUAAAGAAAGAAAUGUCUGUGUCUGGUCAUGGUAUUUUUAACACCUGUGCAGUAUUAGUAAAACAGUUUUUCAAAUA